GGAGUGGGCGGGGCCGCUCCGUUUCCUCAGAGAAGUCCGUUAAUGGCGUCCGGCGGGUAGCAAGGCUGCUGCUGCUGCGUCUCCUUGUGGAGUUUCCCCCCCCCCUUGGGUGGUGAGGGGAGGCGGGCGAAAGGGUCGGGGCAAGGGGGGCGUUUUGGGGUGGGGAGCGGGAAAACAAAGAGCAGGUUCCGUCAACGCCAGCGCGGCCAGGUAAGAAACGCCGCCCUGACUCCCCGGCGAGGGGCGGUUGACUUCCCGGGUGCCUUUAAUCUCCUCAGGGAAUCUCCACACCACCCGCUUUUGCACAAUGGCUUCCCGCCCCGCCCCAUUUUUUAAUUUUUUGCUAUUUACUCCCCAGGCCUUAUCUAGGCUAGUGUUGUCGGCUCUGGCUGGCAGCAGCUCCCCAAGGCCCCGGGUUAUUGUGGUUUUGGUGGCAGGUGUGGGGAGCUGGUCUGGUAAAGGCCUUGGGUUUCAGCCUACUGCCUGGUUGCUCUUUGCCUUGCUUUGGAAACGCCCCAUGGUCCGUCCCCCCCCCCCCUUGCAGGGAGCCCUCUUAGAAUCAUAGAAUCAUAGAGUUGGAAGAGACCACAAGGGCCAUCGAGUCCAACCCCCUGCCAAGCAGGAAACACCAUCAGAGCACUCCUGACAUAUGGUUGUCAAGCCUCUGCUUAAAGACCUCCAAAGAAGGAGACUCCACCACACUCCUUGGCAACAAAUUCCACUGUCGAACAGCUCUUACUGUCAGGAAGUUCUUCCUAAUGUUUAGGUGGAAUCUUCUUUCUUGUAGUUUGGAUCCAUUGCUCCGUGUCCGCUUCUCUGGAGCAGCAGAAAACAACCUUUCUCCCUCCUCUAUGUGACAUCCUUUUAUAUAUUUGAACAUGGCUAUCAUAUCACCCCUUAACCUCCUCUUCUCCAGGCUAAACAUGCUCUUCUCCGAGGAUGACGGGCAGCCCAAAAUAUAAACAUUUAGCGGAAACAGCUCCCCUUUGAAACGAUAGGGACUCCUCUCCUCCCCCACUUGUACGUGGUUUUGUCCGUUUAAUAAAAAAUUAUACGCUGCUUGAGGGCUGGAAGCAAAAGCAAAGUAAAACAGUAAGAUCAAGGGGGUGGGGAAGGACAAACAUACUUUAAAACAUGCAGAAAUGCUAAAACAUAAGAUUAAAAUUUCUCGAGAAAGUCAAAUUCUGAAUGGUAUUUAUAGAGGAGGAAGCCUUUUGGGGCUUACAGUAAUAUAUUUCCGUGUGAUCUUGAAAGAGUACAGUAUUUAGUCCUUGGAACAAAUCGCAUCCUCCUCAGGAUUGAGCAAUCUAAAUUUUGCUACUGUGUAGAAAUUAAUUCAGCUCUCAUGGAGUUCGUGGUAUGCCAAGCAGUGAGGCAUAUGUCUCCUUCAUAUGCCCCAGAAAUGUGCUGUCUGUUAUUAAGAAAUGUGCUGUGUGUUUUUAAGUAUGUUAACUGUGAAUCACCUUAAAAUGCUUGUAGGAAUAGGUUGUAAAUAGUUGUGGUAGCAUAUUGAAGGACUAGGAAGGGCCUCUGUCACAUGCAGAUUCCAAAGAGAGGAGAGCAGUAUUUUUUAUCAUCCUCUUUCUAAGGUGAUGCAAGGGAAAUAUAAUUUGCCUUGCAAACUCCCUCCUCAAACAAAGUUGGGGGUGCAAGUGUUCGGUUUUCCUUUUAGCAGAUGAGGAAAGCUAAAAUAGUACAUCUCCACUCAUAAAUUCCUUAAGGGGCUUGAGUGCUUGAUACUCUGUUCCAAAAGCUGAAUAAAGCUCAUUGUUCUCUACCCUGGAAUCCUUAGUGCUAGAAUUAGCAGGCUCUUCUUCUUUCUACUUCCUAACAGAAUGUGGGAGCUUGUCUCCUCCCUUGUUCAAUUUUUCAUUAAAAAUAGAAAAUGUAAUUUCCAUGUGGCUCCUGUGAAAUCUGCGGUACCACUUAUCAUUGGCUGCUACGUCAUGUGGGUGGAGGAUUGUUUUCAAGCUACAAUAAAUAGCCUUCAGCUUCUCUGUGAUGUUAUAUACUACUAUUAUUGAGCAGCUUGAAUUCUGAAAUGCUUCUCUUUUUCUCAAGGUGGUGAGGAGAGGUGCUUGGGCUUCCUGCUGCCAUGGGGGCGCAGGAUCGGCCUCAGUGCUUCUUCGACAUAGAAAUAAAUCGGGAACCAGGUAAGAGUUGGAGGGGUUUAGAGAUUGCUGUAUGAUUGAAAAGAUGUCUGAAUUAGGUCAAGCCCUGAAGCAGAAGUAUGUGCUGCCAGUGUGUGCCUUUAGGUUAAAUGUCUAGAUAGAUGACUGCCAUAUUUCACAUUACUGUGGAAUUGUCUUUUCCCCCUCUGUGUAGCACUCUGAAUAUAUAAUAGGCUUUGUUAAUUUUUAGCUGUGUAUAGUGACUUGGCAAAUUGUUUCAGUAGUCAUAUGUGGUGUCUUAAGCAUUUUAAUAUCAAUAGAUAAACUGAACUGGUGUUAUAGGAUAGUGUAGUAAAAACCUGUCUGUAAUCCCUGUGAAGUGAGAGAGCUUUGUACGCGGGGUGGGGGAUAAAAAUAUACAUCAGGAUAAGGAAGGAUUUGAAUUUGAGAAGGGUUGAUAGGGUAGGGUUUAAACACUUGUAUGAUAAAAAUUCUUUGUGUGUAUUGUGAGAGGCAGGAGUUAAUUUAGAGAACUGCUGGGGGUAAACUCUAGAACCUCUCAGUGUGAUAGCAUGAACAAAUAUUGUAAAUUGAUGUGUAGGUGACUCCCCACUUACAUGGGGGUUAGUGGUUUCAGUGGCGGGUGAGAUUGAAAAAAAAUAAUUUCCUGGAUGCCUACUUCUGUUCCACUCACAUUAUUAUUUUACCAAGUGCAUAACGCUGAACACGCCCAAGUUGAACACAGUGGGGGAUGCCUGUAUUUGUAAUUUUGAGGAUGCAUGCUAAUCCCUAAAGAGUUUGUGUUUGCUCUCAUGGCCAGAAGGGAAAGCAGAAUCAUGGAAAACAUUGACAAGUGAUUCUUCAGUAUAUUUAUACCCCAUUUCUCAGGCAAAGGUCACAAAAAGUAAAAUUUAAGGAUAUGUGGUCAUGUUCUCUUCUGGUCUCUGGCAGUCAAGUUUCUCGGUUGUUCCCUCUUGGUGGGAGACAACAGGGGAAGCUGCUGAUAUUCCAUCAGGUGGAAGAUUAUUACUAUUUUUUAAAAAGGCACACAACAGGCACUGUGAUAUUCAUGGUUUUCUAACCACAGGAAUCUCCAUCCAGGAACUCUGAUUUUAACACUUCUUCACAUCUGACAUUUUUCUUAUUAAUCGGAACUGGGAUUUUACUGUUUUUUAAUAAAUGCUGGGAUUGUCAUGAUUCAGACAAAAACCCAAAAUGCUAACUAUAAAGCUAUCUUUUUCUUCAUUUUUUAUGUCAUCUUAUCCUACUUGCCAGUAGUUGUUGUACCAGAGAACUUACCUCAGUGUUUUCUAUCCCUAGAACAUGCUUACCUGUAAGAACUGGUAUGAUAAAUCACUUGUAAGAGAUCAUAUGCCCCCCUCACAAAUAGUUUGAUGAAGAAGUGAAGAGGAAUUUCAUUUCAAUAGGCUAUUAAUAGUGUAGUGUGUUUUUUUCUUUUUAACUUGAUCUUUCUAACACUUGUCCUUUACCUGUCUGCAGAUUCUGAAUUUGCAAUUUCCUUUCAUUUUUCAGGCAGAGAAGAAAUUAGUGAGGUUCAGUACCACCCCAAAUGUGUGGUAAUUCUGUACUAUUCAUUCUCCUUCACACAGAGUGCUAUAGGAAUGGAUGAAUGAUCUGUUCUUAGUCAAUAUCUUUUGGACCCUGCUUUUAGUCACAUCUGUAAGGCAGUCUUGAGCUGUCCUUGUUGAGCAGCUGAAGUUAGUAGUGUAGCUUAGGGAAAUGGUGAUAACCAGUAUGUGGGGAAAGUGGGGGUCAUUAUUUUGUAUUGGUGACCCCCAACUAUAGACACCUCAGCUUGCUAGACUGCCCAGAUUUCACAGUAGUGAAAAUGGUAUGUGCAGUAUAGAUUAAUGAUCUAUGCAGAUGUCUGAAACAUUCUUGCUAAUCUUUAAAAGACAAGUGAAAAUUUACCAGAAAUAUCAGGUCUUCAGAAACAUCUAUGCUGCUCUGGAUUCUGUUCAGUGUCUUGUUUUAUUGUUACUACUUUUAAAGUAUUUGGAUAUUGAUUUGAUUUUUUUAUGGUUCUUUUUGCCUUAUGUGGUUGCAGUAGUUUAUUUUUUUACUGCUUCAUGCACUUUUAAUGGAUCAAACAUUAUACAUUAGAAUAAUAAAACAGCACUUUUUCUGUUUGGUGAUAACAUUCUUUCAAAAAACAUUGGUAAGUUCUUCAGUAUGUAGUGAUUUAGGGUGGAAAGGGAAGCAUCCUGCUCGAGGAGCAAGAAGCAUUUGAGGAUAAGAAGCAAUAUUUAUUGAUGUAUACCUGACAGGAAAUGUUAAGUAGGGUAGGGGAAGGGACAGAUUUCAGAUGAAACUGUCCAUCUCUCCACUUUGACGUGCCUACAGUAGAAAAUAAAUGGAUUUUACUAGCAUGUAAAAUGUUCUAAUUACCACAGUGCUAAAUUAGGUCCUUUAGGAGUAGUCUUAGUGGUGUUAGUACCUCAUGCCAUCUGCAUGUCAUUGUAAGAAAAUUAAAAGAUAUAAAAGGCUACUUCUAAAUUGUGUUUUCUCAGACUUCAUGUGGGUGCCUAGUAUAACUUUAUUAUAGCAGCAGAGGGAAGUGGCAGAGUGCACAGGGAUUCAUAUUUCGGAAUUGUAGAAGCAAUUAGGUGAUCAGGGAUUUCUUAAAGACCCUCAUGUGCUUCGUAGUCAUUCUACAGAUUACUGUUCUGAGUCUGUUCUAAGAGUAUGCCACAUGAACUGAUUAGAACAUGUAUUAAAUCUUUUUACUUUUUUUAAAAAAAGUAAAGGACACUGUUUCAAAUUAAGUUAUAAAGAAUGGCCUCGCUAAAAUCAAUAAUGUAGUAUAGUUGAUGUACUACAUACUCCUCCACCUACCCUCACAUUUACUUUGAUGUUCAAAGUAUUUCUAAGACUAUACGGUCAGUAAUUUAAAAGUAGUGGUGUGAAUUUUUUUCCAAGUAGUGAGAAAGGCUUUUCUGUAUUUGGUGCAUAGUACUGAGGAUGUGGGUGGCGCUGUGGGUUAAACCACAGAGCCUAGGACUUGCCGAUCAGAAGGUCGGUGGUUCGAAUCCCCACAAUGGGGUGAGCUCCCUUUGCUUGGUCCCAGCUCCUGCCAACCUAGCAGUUUGAAAGCACAUCAAAGUGCAAGCAGAUAAAUAGGUAAACGGCGUUUCUGUGCGCUGCUCUGGUUCGCCAGAAGCGGCUUAGUAACGCUGGCCACAUGACCAGGAGGCUGUACGCCGGCUCCCUCAGCCAAUAAAGCGAGAUGAGCGCCGCAACCCCAGAGUCGGCCACGACUGGACCUAAUGGUCAGGGGUCUCUUGACCUUUUUACUGAGUAAUAAAAUAUUGCUGAGUGGAAAGUUCCUGAUCUUUGUUGGUGGAGAAGAAUGAUAUGAGAUGGGCAACACCCAGGCUUAGUUCGCACAAGCGUCAGAUGAAAAAAAAUGAGGCAAAAUACCUUGUCCCUGACAUGUGUUUUCUGUAUGAAUGGAUUUUGUUUGUCAUUUGUUCUUGGUGUGGAGAAUAUUCAGUCUUGCAGUUUGAAAUGUUGUAACUUAUAAUCUGCAUCAGGAAGGACUAAGCUUUACUUUUCUCUUCAUAUGGAGGUCUUUUUUGUGAACAACUUACCUUUUUAAUAUAAACUUGAUAGGUCUAUAAUUCAGAUUUUUUUUAAAAAAACCUUACCUUUACUAUACACCUCAGAUACUGAGAUAGUAUGGUAUUUUUCCACUUACUUUCUCCAGUUGAAAAUGCCUAUGAUGUUACUCAAGUCUUGGGGGGGGGGGUGGCAUUUCACUUCCACAUAGGCGAAUGUUUGAAGCUGUAAGCCUGCCUUCCUGCCCCUUGUGAAAAUCCUUUAACCCUCCUCUCCUUGCUGCCAGGAACCUGCACAACUGGGGAGAGAUAGAAGGGUAGAAUGAGUGUAAGCUAAUGGCUGCUGUUGGGGACAGCAACACGGAAUCAGCCCACUCUUCACAGGUUUAUCCAAAGUUCCACUGCAGUAGCAGUAUGAGAAGUCAUAAGUGUCUUUCCAUUUUUAAUGCCAUUAUGCUUACUGGCAGGGAGGUGAGGUUAUAGAGGAGCCAAUAAAGGCAGGUCCUAGGUCACGAAUCCUACUCUUUCUUACCGUGCCCUGACUCGCAGGACACACAAAGGCUAUAGCAGGCUGUGCAGUUAGCUACUAUUAUUAACAUUCACUGAAGCACAUACAUUUGCAUUUUUUCAAGCUUCAGGUAAUGCGCAAAUGAAAAAGUUGCUUUCCUGAUAAGUACUAAAGUACCAAGGUCUCUUGAAGGCAACCUAUAUAUUAGUGAGUUCUAAAGGAAGUGAAGAUGUUCUGGGGAGACGACUUUGUAGUAGGUGCUUACCUGGGCUCCUUUUCCCUCCACUGCCUAAGCCUGUUGUGUACUAAAGGAUAACAGAUAAUAACUUGGAUCAAUAUUAGCCCUGUAUAAGAAUCAGGCUUCCUUGAUCACCUGUGGAAAAUAAAAAUGGUAAUCAAGCACAUCAUUACUCUCUGGUUGUACAUUCCACCCCCACCCCCACCCCCACCCCGGCUAUUCCUGACAGAGAGACAGAAUAGGUGUCCAUUCAGUCUUCUGUUUUUGCCAGUGCAUUUAAACUUUCCAAAUAAUUACCUUUUAAAUAAUUACAACUAAACUUGUAUUGUGUUUUGUUUAUCUCCAGCAAGAAUAUAUGAAAGUACAAUCACCGAGGAAAUGUGACUAUUUUAUCCUGGAUAUUACAAAAUUGCAAAGUAACUAUAUGUUUAUUCUUAUUACAGUUGGUCGUAUCAUAUUUCAACUUUUUUCUGAUGUGUGUCCAAGGACUUGCAAAAACUUUCUCUGCCUAUGUACAGGUAAUCUUUUCUUCCAUAAUUGAAUAAUUUCCAUCACUGAAUAAUUGUUACUAUGUUCAGGUAACUUGUGGCUUCUUCAUUCCAGUGCCCACAAUUGCUGACAGAGGUGCAUUUGACAGGAGGCUUCUUUGCAUGUUUUGUUACCCCUUUUUACUGUCUACUACUCCUUGCACUGAAAACCAGAGAUCGGCCAAAUGGGAGUUGUUGUGGUAAUGCGAAUGUGAUAUCUCUCUUGAGCCCAGGAGAUUAAAUCCUAUUUAAACUCUCCUAAUCUUUCUGAAAACAACCCUGGAGGGAAACAACAUCUGCCAAGUGAUAGAAGAAGAAAAUGCUGAUGUGAUCAUUAAAAGCCUCAUUUGCAGUGUUAAAGCUUGAGGGAAGAGUGGAAGAAUUGGCAAAUCUCUAAAUAUCUUGGUGUAUAUAGUAGAAAUGUGCCAGUGUUUCUUUUAUCUGUAAACCUGGUUAUUUUGCAGUGUGUUAAUGCUUGGCUCUGUAUUUCUGUUCAACUUUAGAACAAGAUUCUUACUUUGGGAAUUUUUAAGAUAGUAGCUUAUAUAUGUUUCCUCCCUGCAGGGGAAAAAGGAAUUGGAAAAACAACUGGGAAAAAGCUCUGCUACAAAGGCUCCACAUUCCACCGUGUGGUUAAAAACUUCAUGAUACAAGGAGGAGACUUCAGUGAAGGUAGAGUCUGAGAGAGAUUAUGAUCCCCCCCCACCUACCCCUACCCCACACAAGUAGUGAGGGAAUUUGCUUUGUAAUGUAUUUUAGAAUUAGGUUUUUAUUUUUUUAUUUUUAUUGGAAGUUUUACUACUGUAGUGUUUGCUGCAAUGGGCUCCUUUGGGAGGAAGAGUAGUAUACAAAUUAAAGAAAGAAAGAAAUAAAAUUAAUCCAUCUUCAAAGCAAUAUAAUAGUAAGAUGAGAGGCUAAUUGUUAAUAAUAAUAAUAAUAAUUUAUUAUUUAUACCCCGCCCAUCUGGCUGGGCUUUCCCAGCCACUCUGGGCGGCUUCCAACAAAAUACUAAAAUACAGUAGUCCAUCAGACAUUAAAAGCUUCCCUCAACAGGGCUGUUGCAUUUAUCUGAAAUUUAAAACAUUGGCAUGUCAGUCAUCUAUGCCCAGACAUGAUAAAAUUCCUUCAUGGAAGUCACAGGCGUAGGAACUUUAUUGCUCCUGAAUGUUAUCAUGUAGCAUUCUUCAUGCAUGAAGAAGUUCAGAUUAGAAUUUGGGCACAGAUGUGUUUUGACUGACAAGACAAUUGGUUUAAUUUCAAAUGUCGCCAGAAAUAUUCAUAUGGUUGUGCAUAAUCUGCUGAGUGUAGAUCUAGUGGAUUGCAUACGUGCAGUAAUCAUAUGUGCCAUCUCACAGAAAGUUCACACAAGUGACAUGUGAAGAAAUCUUGUUAGGCGAAGUGACCUGAAGUGGCGCUUAGACAUAAUAUGUUCAGAAUUGGAGUGUGAAUGUCCACUGCUGCUCUGUUCGUUAAACUGCGCUUUGGUUGCUGUGGGUUUCUUCACCCCUGCUUCAAAACGCCUACAUUUAUCCUGCCCUUUAGGCUUACUUGGAAAGUAAAUGUGAAGUCCACCCAUGCCAGAUGGAAAAUAUAGGCCUCAUUUCAAUAAUAUUUACAAAGGUUCCCCCUUUGCCUCUUCUAAGGGGACUUGUAGUACUUCCCUUCAAAAUCGUAGGCUCAUGCCAGUUAGCACACUUGGCUGCUCUUCCGUUCUGGCCUGAGUCUACCACUGCUGAGAGUUUGCUUGGUGUCAAAUGAAUUUAGGGCAGGGAUGGAGAACCUGUAGCCCUUCAGGUGUUAGACUCCAUCAGUCUCAGUCAGCAUGGCCAGUGGUUCCCCUGCAACAGCAAGCUGUGAAAUACAUGGUUCUGAACAAAGUGUUGGGGCAAACUUUCCAUCCUUGUAUGUUAGCUUUGUUUUGGGUAGUCGAUUUAGCUGUAAGCUUUCUGUAAUUGAGCUUUACCAUGAGGUUGAAUGAUAAACUAUGCAAUUAAAACAUUUAACUAAGCUGGUCCUAUUUAAUCUUUUACACAUCAAGAGUUCAGAAUUAUACCUAUACACAGACCUAUCACUAUACUAACCAUGUGAAUAAUUCCAUUUUGACAUGGUUUAAUUCAUACUUUUUAAAUAACUAGGUAAUGGAAAAGGAGGUGAAUCUGUUUAUGGAGGAUAUUUUAAAGGUAAGGUCUAAUAAUUCUUGAUCUCUUGCUUCAGUUUUGAGAGUUUUUAUUCAUGAUGCAUUUAAUGAGAAGGUCUACUUAGAUCACCUUUGCAUGAAAGUAACGUUGCAUGGAUACUAUCUAUGUGCAUGACUUGUAAAUGAAUAUAUUGUAAUGUUAGCAUUAACUGUCAAAACUUAUUGCGGCUAAUGUAGUGGUUAAACAUGACUUCAGCAUGGAGGCUAGGCAACUUGAUUCAUGACAACUCCUAUCUUCCUGCCUAAAACUGUCAACAUAUUCUUUUGUUUAUAGAGAAUGUGGUCUUUUGCAAAAUGAAAAGGUAAGAGACAAAUGCUCAACACAAAUUCAAACUGUUCCCCUGCCCCCUUCCUAAUAAACAUUUGGACCACUGAUAAUGAAUUUGUGGCUGGGUAAAUAUAGUUUGGAGAAAAGCCUAAAUAUAGUUUGAGAGACUCUAAGGUGGUCUUCUCCUUGGCAAAAGAAAUAAUUGGGAUUCGAAAUACUUGUCUUGAAACAUUUCCCCUUCCCCUAUCCCCCACCCUUUCAAGGUUUGUAUGUAUAUUGAAUUCUCAAAAUAUUUUUCAGCAUGUAGCUGUUUUUCAUAGGAGCAAUACAUUUAUGUUUGUUCUUUACUAAACCUGUGAAUGAACUGUUUCCAAGAGCUUCCUAUUAUUAGCCAUUGAUUCUUAAACAGAAACUGGAUGGUUCUGGUUGUAAUAUUGGUUGCAAACUUGUGUUGAAAGUGGUUGGUUGGAAUAUGCACCAAAUCAAAACAUGCUUACCAAAGCUUAACUCUAAGGAUGUUUAAAUAUAGUUAGGUGGCAACAGAUACUGGUCUUUAAGAGUAGUGCAUCGACAAAUCCUUAUUCUAAAGGUUUUUGGUUCUUUUUCUCUAAGAUUUUAUGAUGGGUAAGUACAAAUAUUAUGGUACUGUGUAUUUGCAGCUUUGCUGUUUAACAGUUCAGCCAUAAUUAUACUUUUGUGUGCAUAUGAAAGGGAUUAUCUGACUAAAAUUAGUUUUGCUCGGCUCCUCUAUACCCUUCAUCAGAUUAACGUUUUACUCCUAACGACGUACUCAGACCAAAGCUUGAAAGGAGGGCACAGGGCUUUCUCUUCUGUUUUGUGGAAAUUAAUUUCAUUCGCUUUUGCAAUUGGUGGAAAAACUGUACUGAAGUGGGUUUUGAGAGAUAAUGUGUUUUGGGUGUUGUUUUCUCUGUAGAUGGUCAGUAUUGCACUCAAGGCAGGUUUUAUAAACAAAAGUAUCCAACCCUCACUGCAAUUAUGCAGUUCAGCCUUUUAAUAUGCUGGUCAUUAAUGGUCUGUGAAUUACUACCACCCAGCACCAUUCUUACUUUGUUGCUAAUAUAUUGCUAAUUUAUUAGUACUCCAGGGGGGCUGGAAUGGAAGAGGGCUAUACUUAGAGUCAGCCAAAUAUGUUGUCUUAUUUCACAAAGGAAAGGGGGCAUUAAGUGACCAUUGAAUUUCUUAAAUUGUGGAAAGCCGCCCUAUGGUAUUUCCCGACCCCCUUCUCCAUAGUCAGUAGGGUUGGACUGAACAAUCCAGGUAUAGUUUGGUGAUAGUGUGCAUAGUUUGCAUGUCCAAGAUACCAGUAUUUGCAAGAGAUCUGUUUCCUGUCAGAGCAAACAAACUUAGACUGAAUGGACCAAUGUGCAGGCUAACAGUCGAAGGCAGCUUGAUAAAAUCUUUUUUUUUUUUAAUUGUAAAGCUGUUAUGACUAACAACAAAACUCCUAAGUAUUAUUUAACGAAUUUGUUGAUUGUACAACCUAUAUCUGCUCUUAUUAUGUGGUUUUCAAAUUUCCCUGGUGAACAGCUGGAGAAUUCCUCCUUGUUAAGCUGCUGAUCUUUUUUGAAGUACUUCAUUCAGCCCAGAGAAGCUAACUAGCCUGUCUUUUCUUCUUUCUUGAAACAGAUGAAAACUUUAUUCUGAAACACGAUAGAGCAUUCCUUUUGUCGAUGGCAAACAGAGGGAAACAUACCAAUGGUUCCCAGUUUUUCAUGUAAGUAGAUGUAAUGUGAGAGCUGAGUUUUCUUAAAUGAAGAAGCGCUGUUCAUGAGAAAGAUGGUAUUGCCAAAACCAACCAUCAAAAGUAUUUGUUGCAGAAAAAAGCAAAGGGCAGUCAAAAACUCAUUCAUCUCACAAAUUACAGAAAACAAUUCUUUUUUAGAUAUGUUUUUUUCUAGUAUAAUUCAAUUUGCUUGGCAUUUCUGUAGCAUAAAAAUGGUAUUUUUUGAAAUAAUUCAAGUAAAUUAUCUUUUAAAUCCCACUUCUGUGACAAAUUUUGUCCCAGUUCAGCUCAGAACUGUUAAAAAGCCCGUAUCAGAAGUAUCCCUCCAUUCUCUCAUUUGCCAAAGGUCUAAAAGGGGAAUCUGUACAUGUACAGCUAGAUACACAGAGGCUGUUUUUGAGACCUUUGUUUGACACCCAUAGAGGGGAGUUGGAUUAGAUGAUUCUAUAUAAUCAGGAGCAGAGCAAGCAGGAAUGUUCAUACUGGGCAUGGGACCAGAGGGUGCUGCUCCCUUCCAUGGAUUCCCUGAAUGCAUAGGGAGAAACAUCCAAAGCAGACUACUCAAUACAAUAUACAUGUAUACUAGCUGACUGAUCAUCUUGAUGACAGUUUUUACAAUCAUUUUAUUGCAUUCUGAAGAUAACAAUAAAAGGGAAGAGAAGACAAAACAAAACAUCUUAUUGACCAGAGUUAAUUGCAAAACGUAAAAUAAAUUUUUGAAGGGAAUUUUUCUUUUGACAGUACUUUAGGUUUAUCAUAAAAGAUUUCAGUAUCAUAACAUAGUACAGACAUUCCAAAUGGGUUAUCCUGCACAUCUUAAAUCGCUUAAAGUUUGGACAGAUAAACUGAACGGCAAAGUAAUGUACUUCACAAGUUUUCGUCAACAAACUUCAUCCCUGAUUCAUAAAAAUAUUGUGAGUACCGCACAGCUCUUAAGCUGAAGUGACUUCCCAGUCAUUCUGUUUUCAAUGUGCCCCUUUCGGUAUUUAAAAUACCUUCCAUUAUUUUAUAUUAACAUUUUUAGAAACACAAGUUUUAUUCACUGUAGACUUGUGUUUAGGAGGAUCUGGGUUUUUUCUUUUGUUUUCAAGCUGGUGUGUUUUCAGAAGUGCUUUAGAAGAAUUGCAAUCCAGGUUGCGCUAUUCAAAACUUUAUAAACUUUGCCAUCUUUCUUGUUGGGUAAGAAUGAAUGGCGCUUCACAGCCGAGUUAAAGGAGUAUCUUGUCCAGGACUAGACUCUUCUUGUUUCAAGAUAUCUCUGCCUUCAUGAAGUUCAGAUAAGAGGCAUAUUUAGGUUGUUUCCUUUUCUAAAAAAAAAGUCCGAAAAAUGGAAAUUGAAUAUAACCAGAAGAAGGAUUGGAAAUGGAUUUCCUUCAUACUUCAUUGGGCAAAGAGAUGUAGAUUUGUUGUGAAUUCUGUUUAUCUAGUCUGGCAGAAAGAUGGCUUCUCUUGAAACUGAACACUUGGAUUAAUCGUAUAUUUAGUCCUGAGCACAAGCAGUUUGUUCACUAUCCUUGCUACCUUCUCUCUUGCUCACACUUUUUCCAUUUUUAAGCUUAUCUGAACUAGAGAAAUAACAACUGAUAGUACAUUGACCAAGAAGCUACCAAUGGGCUCUAAAGUUUCUUUCAUAUUACCUGCAGGAUUGUUUGGUUAAUAGGCAAACUAUUAGGAGCUGGAUCUUAAAGACCAGCUUUUAAUAACGGCCAACACCAGAGUUUAAAUUGUCUUAAUUCUGUAAAAUGCUCUUAAUAAAUAGGUUUAUAUUUCGCUCUAAUCCAUGAGUUCAGGGAAAAUUUAAUUUUAUGUAGACACGCUUCUCAGGUUCAUACAUAUAGAAACUGAUCCCAGUAGCUGUCAUAUUUCUAGGACUGUAAUCAUUUGCUAUCAUUUCUGGGGGCUCCUUACACAUUAUUGAUACUUGAACUGGAAAGGGUUGAGUGGCUUAGGCUCUAUGAGUUUAAAAAAGAUGGAUGCAUCUCUGGCACAAGGGGAGCAGAGUGACCUCUGUAUUACCUCUGUGCAGCUAUUGAAAGCUGUUAACUUCGAAAUCAGGAGUUGAGUGCUCUGGUGUUGAGCACAUUGCAUCCACAGGGAAAGAGCAAGUAGUUGGUGCAGAUGAGGUACAGAAGGGACUUCCCAAGAAGCCUGCUGCAUCAGGGUCAGCAGUGUUGCUCUGAGCAGAGAGGCAGCAUGGAGCUACAACAGCUCCUGGACAUCUUGAGUUCCAUGUGCACAGAACUGCAGCUGAAGCUCCGAGCCUUCAUGGAUGCAAAUGAUUAUAAUUUAGAGGUGACGCAGGUGGCGCCGUGGGCUAAACCACUGAGCCUAGGGCUUGCUGAUCAGAAGGCCGGCGGUUCAAAUCCCUUUCAACGGGGUGAGCUCCCGUUGUUCUGUCCCAGCUCCUGCCCACCUAGCAAUUCAAAAGCACGUCAAAGUUCAAGUAGAAUAAUAGGUACCGCUCCAGCAGGAAGGGAAACGGUGUUUCCGUGUGCUGCUCUGGUUCGCCAGAAGCAGCUUAGUCAUUCUGGCCACAUGACCCAGAAGCUGCAGACAAACGCCGGCUCCCUCAGCCUAUAGAGCGAGAUGACCACCAACUCCAGAGUCGUCCGCAACUGGACCUAACGAUCAGGGGUACCUUUACCUUUUAAGCGCAGUGUGCUAACAUUAUUUUUAGGUGCUUCCCUCUAAGUAGCUACCUCCAGUGAACUCCCCAAACAGUAAUUUUUUGCGUGUGUGUGUGUGUGUGUGCGCGCGCGCGCACUCCAGAAAUAUCUCUCUCUUGAAUUCUGUUUUAAAAACAAACAAACAACAACACACUUUUUGGAAAUCUAGGAAACUUCUAGGAAGCACUCUGAAAUAUCUUUGUGUGUUCACACCUCUCCUCCGUGCCCAUAGAAUUAACACCCCUGCUUUGCAGUCUGAAAGGACUAUGUAGGUGGAUGCAGACUGACUUUCAGCACAUAGUAGAUUGUAGGGGUAUGCAUUGACUCUGUGUAGUUAUUGAAUUAAGAGAUGAAUAGGGAUGAUUCAGGUAAGGUUUUCAAACCCCUGAGUUAUAUUAAGGCCUUAACAAGAUGUCUCAAGUUGGAUCAGACAGAGAUCCCUAAUUCUUGAGUUGCUGUGUAAACUUUGAGUGCCCCUCUCUCUCUCUCUCUCUCUCUCUCUCUCUCUCUGUGUGUGUGUGUGUGUGUGAGAGAGAGAGAGAGAGAGAGAGAGAGAGAAACCAAGCUGAAUAGGUUAACACUCUGAAGUCAAGAGGAGAAUUGGACAGGCUGGAGGAUAUUGUUGACUGACAAGUCUAGUUCUUAAAAACUGAAAUAUUUUUGUAGGGCAUUCCAUUCACAAUGAUUUGAGGGAAGCCCCACACAUCUGUGCAAAUCAAUGGAGAGAAACCUCCUCCCCACACGGGUGAAGACUUGGCAGAGCAGGGGCAGAAGCCCCUCUAGCCAAUGGCCCUUGGGGUAACAGAGAACUCCAGAACAGAUCAGGCUCCUUCCCAAAGCCAUGGAUAAAAAGUUGGCUCUUGUGACCAGUGCACAGCCCUACUAAGUGAUCAGUCUUAGGCUAUUAACAAAACUACCAUUUAUACCAGGAGCCCCACACAUUUUGUGGCUUUGGUUUUUUAAAUAAAGUAAAGAUAUAUUUUCUAAGAAUUAAAGGAGCACAUGUGGGACUCCUGCAUACAAGGGGGGGAUUUUGUGGAAACACCCCUCGAAAAUCUCUUGCUGAAGAUCAGGAAUACAGAAUGAAGUACUGUAGUUGGAACAAAAAAUCAGCAAGCUUCCCCUAUGAGUGGAAGAUAUUCUGCUUACGCUAUGAGCUGUUAGGAUCCUGGUCCAAUGUUUUGUAAAUAUUUUCAUGAGUUACUGUUCUCAUAAGGAUGUGUUUAAGUGCUGUAUACUGAGCUACAAUGUUUUCAAUCAGGCCAGGAAGUACAGCUUUUAAGCCAUAUUGUCCAGGUUCCACAGUACCUUGCAGUUCUGGAAUUGAGUCGAGUUCCAAAAGUAAGUUUUGUGAUAUGCCCUAGAGGAAGAUCUGCUGUUAAAAGGGAGGUGGUGGAGGGUGUUAGAAUAUUCAGCUGGGUGCACACAAGCUCAGGGGAUACCUAAAAUAGAUUAUAGCAUGAGUAUGUGAAUGCACAUUUUUCCUUACCGCUUGUGCAUGCACACACACAAAAAAAGUAAAUAUUUGGCCUUUAAACACUUAAGAAUUCAGUGUUUGUUCAAACAUGCAACUGGCAUGCAGUUAAAUCUGCUGAAGCUUAGUUUAUGAACAGCUGCAAGUAUUUGGAACAGUUCUACAGCUUUUUCUAAAACGUAGCUGGAGGGUGGGGAGGUCAAAUUUUUAGAUGCUAGAGCUAUGGUAGACAGGGCUUGUGUUUUGGGAGCGGAGGUUGGGUGUUCAACCUUGUGACUUUUCUACUUUGUGCUUUCAUUUGUGGACGGUGGCAUUCUACUAAGAGAAAUCUAAAGCAAUGGAUUUUACAGGUGGUGUACCUGGUCUUGCUUGUGAUGAAAGUUGCUGUGUAUGUACAGUAGUGCAUUUCUUGGAGCAGUUAAUUUCACGGUGCAAGGUCUUUUAGUGUAGCUCUCCUACAAUAUUUCUCACACCAUUAAGAAAUUAUUGAUUCCUACUUUCUUAACAUCUAAACAGUUCUGUUCAGCUCAACUUAAAUAUGAAUAACACAGCUGAAUUGCUGUAAUGAGUAAAUUCAAAUAAAACUGACCCAGUGUGUUUGGUGUGACACAUGGGCCAAUACACACAUCACAGUAAACCAUGGUUUGUGGCUUAAUGCCUUUCUGUGAAUAAGCAGGCUGCUAGUACAUAAUUCUGAAUCACUCCUGUUUCGUUUUGCUCUGCCUCGACUGGAGACCAGAAGAACAAACCACAAGCCUUGGCUUAGCGUUACGUGCAGGCCAGCUCUCAUUCUCCCCACCCCCAAGAAUCAAUGAGUGCUGGUUCACAACACUGCUUAUUCACAGGAAGUCCUUAACAAGGACUUCCAGGCCUGUAAGUCUUAGUGAAUUGUAUUUCAGGUAAACCGCUUAGACGUUUUUACAAUUAAGCGGUAUAUAAAUUAUUUUAAAUAAAUAUAAGUGAUAAAGGAUCUCUUCAAAAAUGCUUGCUGGUAAUCUUUGAAGUAUUGAAAGAAUAACAGUAACACCUCCAGUACAAAAUGUUAAGUUUAGGGAAUGCUGUCUCUUUUCAUAUGAUUGGCUUUUUUGUAUGUUAAAGCUUUACUGCCUAUAUUGUUUUCUGUACUGCUAGAGUUUCUUUCUGUCAGGUGAAAAAGACUUUAAAAUGAGUGUCCAUAGUUACUCAAGAAAGUAUGGACUUUUGCGUUUUUAACAUUCUUCAUUAGCUUAUCUUCCUUUCAAUGGUCUCUUAUAACAGGGGUAUAGGGUUGCAGCUAACUUAAAUUUAGUAGACCUAAGGUAGUCAUGUAUAUUAAUUUCAGUGGGUCUACUUGGAGUCCGACUUGCAUUGGAUACAACCCAUAAUAUCCUGUACAAUACAAAUUCAUCCUCAGAUGCCAAAAUCACUUACACAGAAUUCUACACAUGUGCAUUGCAUACUCUUGAAAAUUUUCAGUAAAAAGAUCUUUUCUAGGCAAAGGUUUAAUAGAGUGCAUUGUUUGUAGUGAUACUUCAGUACAUAAGCAAGACAUAUCUUUACUGGUAUAACCCUCAACUUACUUUAACCUUCUAAAUAUGAACAUGAAAAUUUAGAGCCCUUCUUUUUAAAGUGUUCUUGGUUUUGCAUACACUUUGAAAACUGCAUUCACUUGAAAAAUAUUUUAAAUUUGUAUUAAACAUAGACUCAAUUUUGUCUGGAAUUGUACUACAAUUUAUUUCUUGCCAUUUUUGUGUAAAAUUUACAGAAACAGUGUUACAUCGUGCGCUCCAAAGGUAAUGUCUCAUUCCUCUAAGGCUGUGUUCUUUCUCUUCUCUUUUUUCUGUCUUUCUUGUCCUUUUCUGAUCAUAUGUGCAUUAAAUCUUGUGGUAUUGAAGUUAUUCUUGGGGGGGAAGUACCUGUUUUGAGCAGAGCAGUUUGGUCUAUAUGACAACACUAUUUUAACCUCUAAAUAAGUAUUCAUUCUCUCGGCUUGGGGGGAAAAACCCCAAGGUGUUAUUUUGUGAUAGAAUAUCAAUUACUUGUAGAAAGCUAGUUGCUUUGCUUUUUGGGGGAAGAGGAGCAAGCAACAUUCUCUGUACAGUGCUUUUCACUAGGAUGAAAUUAUGCUUACACCUUUGAAAAUGUGUGGAAUGGGUACGUCACCAGCUUGUGUUCUUAAACUGCAAUUCUAUAAUGGACUUCCAGAGGAAGGAAGGAACAUUGGUUAAAACAUUGUAUUUACAGGCACCUGCCAUCUUAUUUAACAACAUGCAAAUACAAAGUUUCAAGUUUAUCAGAAUAUCUAAAGCACGGGGAGGGGGAUAAAUAAACAAAUAAAAAUUAUUCUAAUUGUCGGUCAGAGCACUUCUGUCUUCCUCAAUACCUUCCUGAAAAUGUUAAUAAUGUCUCUGUAGUGAAAAUAUUCUAAAAUCCCUUAAACAUUUAGAUAAGAAAUACUAUUUUAUGGUGAAAUAUUCAAACCCUUAAUAGUUAAUUAUCAGACUUCCAUUUGGAAGCUGGUGGUGUUUGGACUGUAGUUUCUGGUAACUAUUUUAUGAAUUGUAAUCAAACUUGUCUUAAACUCCUGUUUUAAUUCAUAGAAUGUGGAUUUUUUCACAGUGUGCAUUAUUCAUCCUUGCAGCAGCUCUUCUAGAUUGGUUCCAUUUUAUUGAUAAGGGAACCGAGACUGAGUGACUUGCCAGUAGCUACCCAGUGCAUCCAUUGAUGCAGUAAAACUUGAACUUGUAAUUCAAGUUCCUGUAUAUCACAUACUGCACCAUUUGAGCUCUGUAAAGAAUCAAAUUAUCAAAAUGAUCAUCCCUUUUACUAAAGGGCGGUUCAUACAUACAUAAUAUUGGUGGGAUGUUGGCUGCGCAUUACCAACAUAGUUGGAACAACAGUAAUCAUAACAGGAUGCCCAAAGCCAAGUACCAGCAAGGUAAUACUUGGUAGCACAUUGUGCUCCUUCGCUAGUUUUCCAAUGUUCUUUGGUGUCAGGAACACGUAACCACCUGCUUAAUAUUCACUGUUCUGGAUAGUUCUCUGAAAGGUAAGCAUUUGCUCAGGGGUAGCCAGACGUCUUUCAGGACGUAUAGCAAAUCACAGGUUUCCCACGUUUAGGUUUGUGCGGUGCAAAACUUUCUGUCCUUCCUUCCACAUUUCUGCUCACCAUGUUGUAUACCACUGCUGUGUGGCCACUGAGGGUCCCAGUAUUGAUGUACAGCAGUCUUGCCCCACCUCCCACAGUGCAGGGCCAGGCCAGUAAGUCUGCCACCCUUUAUUACUCCAGAACAAAUGGGAAGAGUCCUUGGCUGCUGCUUGGUGACAGUGCCUUGAGCACCCUGGUCAAGCAGAGACCAAAUGGGCAAGCUCCGAACCUCUCUUUCCUGUAGGGAGGUAGAGGGCUCCUUUGGCUGCUGUUCAGGCAAGGCACUCAAACAAGCAUUGCUUUUUGACUUGGUUACCAAAGCCAGCCAAGAACAGUGGACCCUGAUAGCGAACCUGCUGGUUUAUAGGAAACUUUUAACAGGAAUAUUUGAUUAUCUUGAAGAGAGGAACAUAAGUUAAGAGGACUUAGGAGGAGGACUCUUAAUCAAAAUAAUGAACUCAGCGGCGGUUCUUGCUUUUUGUGACACAAAUUCUCUGCGUGGUAUGCAAAAGGGGUGUGUGCUAUACUUGGGUUAUACCUUUUCCCCUGAAAUCUGUUGUAUCAUCCUCUUCUUGAGCCGUUGACAGAUGGGAACUGUUGGAAUGUAUGACUUGAAAGGGUUUAGUAGUGACCGGUACGGUGUUUAGAGGAAUGAAAUUUCAAAUAUAGCAUUUACCUCCUGAUUAUUUUUUAAUCUCCUUAAAAUACAAGCCAUUGUAGGAGUAGACAGAAACAGGACUUGGAGUUCAAUAAAUUAAGAGUCUCAGCUAAGGCUGCAGUCUUAUGCAAAUUUACCUGGAUGGAAGCCCCAUUAAAUCAGUGGGACUUAGUUGUGAUUAGAUAUCAACAAGAUUUCAGUGCUAGCCUUUGGUGUUACUUGACUGUCGAUAAAUUUUACCGAUACUUUUCUAGAACAGUGGCUGUAGACCAGUCUCUAGUGAAAAGAUUUGAAGUUGAUUUGCAGACCCAGAAGAAUAGCGAGAAACCAAUUUGUUUUGCAGAAGCUGAUUUUAUCCCCUUUUUUGUCUAAUAAUUAAAGUUUUGUGUAGCAUACGGUGUUGAUACAAGCACCUAAAUUACUAUUGCCGCAUUUUAGUGUUAUUGGUAAGAACCAGAUGGCAAUGCUGUGCAGUAGAGCAGUAUGAAUCUUGUUGCAAUAGAUGAAAUUUGUGCACAUGUACAGUUAUUUGCCCAAUAUCAGCCACGGUGAAACUGAGCUGUUAAUGUAUGUGCUCUGUCUGCAUGCAUAUCGCCUGGAGGAAUAACUGAAGUGUGGCUUUAUGCUGUAGUAAUAGUAAUUAUUGAAAUGUAUUCCAUUUCCUGAAUUUCAUUAAGAAUCUUAAGCUUUGUAUGCAAAAAUUAUUAACUUGGCCCUGUUUUUUUCCUUCCUUUUUUGUUUUAUGUGCCACUCUGCCUUUUUACCUCCUCAUCUGAACAACUGAUUUUUUCCACACACAAAAAAAAAUCAUCUCAUGUUGAUGUUAAGCAGAACUACAAAGCCUGCUCCUCAUCUUGAUGGGUAAGAUACAGAUAUUUGUAUUCUUGCACUUUAAGGCCAUUUGGGCCAAAUCAACUGGAUAUUUCUCUUGAAUAUGCACUUUUAAACCAGGAAGGCUCAAAUCUCUGCUCAGUCCCAAAGUUCAGUAGAUUCUGUAAAUUAUACAUGGUGGUUCUACUCUUCCACCCCACUUUUUAUCCUUGUAUCAUAUAAGAUCAUUUAGAGUUGUUAUUCUAAAAUUAAAAGGGCAAUAAUGCCUCUCCUAUUCUCUUUACGAUAUGCACAUGAGAUACAUGUUGGUUGCUGUAGGAAGGACAGUCUGAACACACAAAGAAAAUGAACAGGAUAGGCAACAACUGCUUUUUAAAAAGCCCAAUUUACUUCACCUUAAAAACAACCUAUGUGUGUAAUUAAAAGUGUGUAAUGUGUGACUCCAUAUGUGUCUGACAUAAAACAUGUAACAGGGCAUAGCAUAUUGGCUCUGCAUUUUGCCAAUAAUUUUAAAGCUUUCUUAACACAACCUCUUUUUAAAUGAAUUUUCUGUGUUAAGGAUGACAUUUGUUGCAUGAAGUCACUCCAAGCAAUUGCUGCUGGCAUAUAAACCAUUGCACUUUUUUGCAUCUUCUGUUUCUGCAGUGUACAUGUUGUCUUUGGAUUGGUUAUUUCUGGCUUUGAAGUAAUAGAGCAAAUAGAAAAUCUGAAAACUGAUACUGCCAGUAGGCCAUAUGCAGAUGUGCGAGUUAUUGACUGUGGGUUGCUGGUUACAAAAUCGGCAAAGGAUGGUAAGCCAUUGCAUACUUCCUCGAAAUCUAUGAGAUACUAUCAUAAUUUGUAUUAGAUCUAGGUAUUCUGCAAGUUAAAGAAACCCCUUUUUAUGUGCUUUUACUAUGUUUCCAUAUUGUAACAUUAUACUGAGUAUGGUCAUAUUGUGUUGCUACAUUUGGGAGAAUGUGGGCUACAUAUUGGAAAAUAAGCAUAUUGGAAAAUACUAAUUUGUUAAACCUAGGAUAAUACAGGAAUAUUAGAAGUGUGCUUCCUUAUUAAAUUUUAAAUGGAUCAAAUUUUCUAAGCUUAAAUCAUAGUAAAACAGGACAUUUUCAUGAUAAAGUUUUCUACGUAGAAUGAGUUUACUCUCUAACCUGAAUGGCUAACCAUUUUCAGGCCAAGAGCUACAUUGGCCCAUGGUCAGUCCUCUUGUGGGCCAAAGUAUAGAUGGGUGUGUGGUCAUUUUAUUUUUAACAAUUAAAAACAAAUCUUGGGGUAUCUUGGGAUCAUAAACCUUUUGGCAUCAUCGAAUAAGUGCAUGGGACCUGUUGGAAUGGUCAGGUGUGUGUGUGUGUGUGUGUGUGUGUGUGUGUGUGUUUUUAAUGACAAAAUGGACUGGGGGCACAUCCUUUAGGGGCUGCAACAAACCUUAGGGCAUCAUGACAGGGGACCCAUAGGAGCAGUAAUAAUAACAGUAAGACAGAUUGGAGUAGGGGACCACAGAAAAUCCCUUGGAGGCUAGGUGGAGCCUCUGGGAGUGCAUUAGCCACCCUUGCUAUAACACAAUGCAUCUGUAAGCACCCUACUCUUUAUGAUUUUGUUUUUUUAAGAUGGCCUUUUAUUUUUUACUCUGCAUAAGACCGUGAUCCAUCCAGAUGUAGGCGUAACUUUUCCCACAGGAGAGUGUGGUGCUCAUUUUCUCCCCAGUGUACCCUUGGCCUCACUUGUACCACAGCCAUCACUACCAGUGGCAUAACUUGUGGACCAGGUUGCUAGACAGAAGAGGGGGGCUGGCUGUGUUGGAGGCGCACACUGACCCCUGAUGGAAGUACUGGCCAGAGAAAGAGAUGUUAUGGAGGGCUUUGGAAAGAAUAGGACUUCAUUGAUGCCUGUGCAGAAACUAUCCAGUGGGCACUGUUAGACUAGCAAGUGCAGAUAAAUUGCAUCCCAGAGUCUUUUAUAUUGUGUGCGCGAACCCUCAGCAGCUGCAGUUUUUACAUUAAACAAUAAAGCACUAUGAGUAUCCAUUGUUAUGCCAUCUUUAAGAAAGGAAAAUGAAAGCAGGAAGGAAAAGUUAAGAACCUGGAUGAAAGAAGUCUUCAGGGCUAUUUAAAAAAUAAGGCAGGAAUUAAGAUGUAUAUUUGCUGGGGGUGACGUUGAGAGUUAAAUACUUUUACAAUAUCAGUUGCUGACAUAGCACAAUGUCUGUCUUCCCACAGAUAACCAGCACGUUGAUUUUAUAUGAAUGUAUCUGGAUGCAUUUUCUCAAGGCAAAUGGCAGUAAACCAUGGCUGCAUUGUCCAGCAUUAAAUUGUCUAGCAUUUGGUUAAUGCCAAAUUGCCAGUGUAGCCUUUUUAUGUCUGCCCAGUGGUCAAUCAGUAUGGCUAGAACUAGCAUACUAUCUCAAAUAUUUAGAAACAAACAAACAAAAAAGUGUAAUGAUCUAAUCAUGAUCCCCAGAGUUCAUUGUGUUUGUGGUUUUACCCACCAUGCUGAAUGCAAAUCCAUAUGUUCCAAGUGUGAAUUAUCAAAAUGUAUUAACUUUCCCAUCCUAAGCGUUGGAGAAGAAGAGAAAGGUGUCUGCUCACUCAGAAGCUUCAGAUACUUCCAGCAGCAGCUUGUCUACUUCAUCAGAAUCAUCAUCUGACAGUGAAUCUGAAAGUGAGAGAAGUAGGAAAAGGAAACGCAAGCGGAGAAUGAAAGCUAAACAGUCAAGGAAGCGACGAAGGGAAGAGAAGAAAAAGGAGGAACCCAAGAACAAACGGGCAUCAAGCCAAAGAAGGUAUCUAAUACAUUAUCACAAGAAGAGAUGAAUAAGCUUUUUUAUCAAGGUUUUAACAUUUUAUUCACUUUUGUGCAUAAACCUGUAAGCUUCUCUUGAGCACCAAGUUUUAAGAUUCUUGGCUUGCAAUGAAGAUAACUGUCUCACUGUCAGACUUUUUGCAUUAGGAAAUAAUAUUUCAGGGCAUAAUCUGUGAAGUUGACUUUGACAUGUUACAUAAGUUGAUGCUGACAUUUAGGACUGAGGAACCAGCCCUAACCAUUUAAGCUAAAGCACACCACAGUAAAAUGAGUAGGGGUAUUCAUGGCUCCCAAUAUUUGCCUUGUAUCUCUGCGUUCUUAAAUUCUUAUCUCUUUCUAAGUUGCUCUGUGUUCUUCUGCUUUGACCUAUGUGUGAGUUUCCAAGCUACUCUGUGUAAAAUCAAACACCUGUGUUCUCCCAUUUGCUAUAAUGGAGAAUCUAAAAAGAGCCAACCCCAAAACUUUUACAUGCCUACAACUAGGUCUUACAACAUGAAGCUCUUUAGAAUGUGGCUGCUGAAUUCUGAAGGGCUCUGGUUUGGUUUGGGGUUUUUUUUGUAAAAGCAGAGCAUUGUGAGGUUUUAAAAACAAAAAUGAAGCUUUCAACUCUUAAAAAAACCAAAACAUCCAUUUCCACCAACACUCUGAGCUCUACUGCGCUCCGCAGUUAUUAUUUUGGACAGCCUCGCUUCUUGCAAAGCCCAUGAACUUGGAGCAGGAGGGAAGACCACAGCUCCAAGGGCUGAGUAUGCCCCCCUGACUCCCAUAUAUAGCUUCUGUAACUCUUCCCCAGGCCACACCCUUCACUGAACCUGCAUCAUAGUGUUUUUUGCUUGGCUGCAAAGCAUCCCUAAACUCUGAUUAUUCCUUUCACUUGUCUGAAUGAAAAAUAGAGAGGGAUGUGUGAAGAUACCGUAUUUUUCGCUCUAUAAGACGCACUUUUCCCCUCCUAAAAAGUAAGGGGAAAUGUGUGUGCGUCUUAUGGAGCGAAUGCAGGCUUUGCGGGCUACCCCAGAAGCCAGAAUAGCUAGAGGGAGCACUGCGCAGCACUCCCUCUGGCUAUUCUAGCUUCUGGCUUAGCUGCACAAAGCCGCCACAGGGCAGCGGGGAGCCUUCAUCCUGCUGCCCUGCAGAGGCUUCGCACGGCUAUCCCUGGCCUUUGCGGGAGCAAAAAGAGAGCCACGCGGAGUGUGUGGGGCUUUUGGGGGCUUUUCCCUGAGGAGGGAGAAGGGCAGCCCAUCAGUGACAUGCUGCCCUUGUCGGGGGAAAGCCUGCAAGCGCCUCACACAUGCUCCACACGGCUUGUGAAAGGGAGCGCUAAGCAGAGCCUGGGAUGCAUACAGGCUCUGAUCAGCGCUCCCUUUAAAUAAUAUUUUUUUUCUUGCAUUCCCCCUCUAAAAACCAGGUGUGCCUUAUGGUCAGGUGCGUCUUAUGGAGCAAAAAAUACAGUACAUCCCUACAGUACAAAACUCUCAUUCAUUCCUCCACCCACUUUUGCCCUCUGGUCCUGCUCACCACGGGCAUAUGGCCCUUGGGGCAAAAAAGCUUCCUCAUCCCUGACCUAUGGAAAUAGAGGAGAAACAGCACUAUAUGACACAGAGUAACAUAGAAACAGAGUGGGGAGCAGGGGAGAGUUAUUGACACCACACUUCGGUAAGAAGGAGCCCCUCAGAUUGCUUAGUUCUUUAACCUACAUACAGAGCCAUUGCAAACCCUGCCAUAUGGGAAUCUGUGUCACUACUGGAGCUCUUUGAAUUCCACUUUUUGCCCUCGAGUAAAUUAAUGCUGCUUAUCUAAAGGAAUAGAAUUAGAUAACCUGCAGGCCUUAAUUCUCUGCUUUUCUGGAGAAGUAAAUUGUGCUGACUUAAAGAAAUUCAGGAAGUGAAAAGUUUAGGAGUUUGAUUCAUCAUCAGGUUAUUAAGUUUGAAAAAAGCUUACAAUGCAAGGAAAGUUUAUGUAGAAAGUUGUCACAUAGAGACUAUAGUCUGACACAUGCAGUUCUCAUUUGGGUUUCAAAAAUUGUGUGUGUGUGUAUUCUAAAUUGCUCUUUCUGUUCAGCCAUCCUAACAGAAGCGAAGAAAAUGAAAAAGCAGUGGACUCAAAUGCGAAGAGGGACAAGCCCGUGGUCCGUCCUGAAGAAAUUCCUCCAGUACCGGAAAACAGAUUUUUGCUCAGACGAGACGCACCAGUUAUAAAUACAGAGCCUGAGCCGUAUGCAGCAAUUUUCUUCUUGUUGUAUUUGUUCCUUCUCUGUGGGACUGCUCCUUUUAAGCAAUCCUUGAGCCAGUUGUGUAUUUGCAGUUAGGGAGUUAGUGGAGGAUCGUUGUAACUUGCAAUAAUACCUCAGCAUUACAGGGAUGCAAUUCAUAUGCUUGAAUUUCGAUGGGAUGCUUGUGUACUCCCAUGGCUGGAAAAAAAAUGUAUUUUACAUGUAGGAAACCAAGGUCUUUAUUUUUUGAUGGAAGAAAUGUCUCAUCUAGCCAGCUAUUGUACCAGUUGCCGUUAAAAAAAAAUGGGACAAGGGUGCAGAAUAGUCACAAAGUAUGGGAUUCCAGUUUUUGUUUUCUCUGAAUGUUAGCCAGCUUUUGGUUUAGAAAGAUCCUCAUCAUGAACUCUCUAUGUCCUGACCAUCAUACCCUGGUCCCCAGAUACUACUCUCAUACCUAGUGGGGUAUAUGCAGCAAAGGGUGAAGAAAUCCUACAUGCCCAUUUCAUUCUUGGACCACGUGGUGUAGGCCCCUGGUCAGGUUAGUCUCAUAGCAAUUCAGCAUCUUUGGGGAAACUCCUUUCAGGAAGAGUCAGAUUCUUCUCUAUUGGAUUCCUUAAAGAGGCGUCUUUCUUGGGGGUACCCCAGUGAAAACUUGGAUGUCCAGGUGAUCCAGCUGGGGAGCCAGAUGAAGGAAUGCUUUUACAGUAUGUGAUUUCACCUCUCAGCUAGGAGCUGUAAAGACUCAUUUGCCUUGGGUGAAAAUUCUGUAACUUUGGGGAGGGGAGGGAGCGCCAACCAGAUGGUUCUGAACUGUGUCUUAGCAAAGAUAAAUCUAUGCAAUUCAGUGUGUGGCCAUUUGAGUCACUUGCUCAGUUUGGGCUGUCUUUAACAUUUGACUGUAAGAAACAUAUAUUAUUGCCAGUGCUGUUUUCCUUAUACCUGUAUAAUUCUUAAUAUUUAAGGAAGCUGCUUGAUGUAGCCCCGGUUUUGAAUGACCAGAAGCCUUCAGUAUCUAAAUCUGGAAGAAAAAUCAGAGGGAGAGGCACAAUAGUAUGUUUUCCAUAUUUUCCCCCACCCUUCAAGCUUUGUAACUUACAUGAGAGCUUUAUUUUGGCCAGUGUUUGAAAGCUACCUCUGUUUGCUGACCACUUGCAUACAAAAAUUCAUACUUGUCCCUGGAUGCGGAAGCAGGAAUGAAGAGGUUAAUUGCAAAGUAUUAUUCUAUUUCUCCUAGUGUGGGAUCCAGGACAGCUCCCAACAUGAAUAAAGAAUGAGUGGAGCUAAAAACACACCAAAUGGUUAUAAUUUCUUUUUAAAAUAAACAAGUUACCAUAUAAAAAUAGCACUGAAUCAAAACAAAAAAUAGUGAUAUAGGCUUCUCUUCUAAAUGGAGAUGGGGAUUGAUAGUAAGGCAUUAUAAAUUGGCUGAGAAUGUGAGACCUCAAAAGGUGGAGUAGCAAUAAACAACUGAAAAAUAUUAUCAAAAUGUAUUGCAGUGUUUGCCUGUUGCUCGCAGAACCUUUAUAUGGCAAAGAACAGAAAGAGUAGAAGUGGAGAUGAUUUUUUAAAGCCCACUAGGCAGAUGCUGUAGUUUAGCUUCUUGUGGGCUCUAUGUUCUCCUGUCACAAAAGCUCUUUCUCCAAGUUGAACAAUGUCUCCGCUUGUACCUACAUUUUCUCUUCCUGCAGAGUUCCUCUGGCAAGGUUUGCUUACCUGCACAGAAAAUCUGCAAGUAAUCUCCAGAUUUGGGUGUAACAUAUGUGUCAAGACUGGUCCCUGACAAUAGGCUCAGUAUACGGUUGCCCCCAGAUAUUUGUUUUUAAUCGUGGAUAAGCCUUGAUAAUUGUGUACGAGCGCUACUGUAUUACGGAUUUUGUAUACAAUUCUGCUUCUGCUGUUGUAUUUUUCUAGCGAUACCAUACACCACCUCGUUCUCGCUCGUGUUCAGAAUCUGAUAAUGAUGAGAGCAGUGAAACUCCGCCACACUGGAAAGAAGAAAUGCAGAGGUUAAGAGCCUAUAGGCCACCCAGUGGAGAAAAAUGGAGUAAAGGAGACAAGUAAGACUAGCUCUCUUAAAUUAUUCUUGUCCCCUAAAAUAGUCAGUCAAUUACAUAUAGGCACAAGAUGAAUAAAGAGAGUGGUAAUAGCAGAUUCUGUAAGGCAUCUAUUGCACCGCAGUUUAGAUAGGCUUUGUACCUGGUAAGAGAGUUUAUUUUUAGAUGGCUACAAAUAAGAGAGUAGGGCUGAUUGGGUAGGGAAAUUUUACUUGGGUGCUUUGCGUCUAGUUUACAUCCUGUUAUCUGGAACAGGGCGACAUAUGUUAAUCUUACUCACUUGCAGAAACUUCUUGAGUAUUAAAACAGUUCGGGGCUGCAUUGUAAAAGAACUAUAUGAACAGGCUAAAAAUAAUGCUAAAAUGGAACAUUUUUUGUUUAUGAAAAUCUGUUGAGUUUGCCCCAAAAUAUGUUUCAUGAAACUUUGCUUAUUUGCAUUUUGUGAAGCUCCUUUGCCCCACCCUCCGGGCUGUUUUCAUUCCCAGUGAACAACCAUCGUAGCUUUAACAAUGUUCCCCCAUGGGACUGCUUUUGGAAUGAAUUCCAUGGAUACACACUUAUGCAAAAAACCCUGAUUCAUCUGAACAGUCAGCGAAGUUAGUUGCUCUGAGGACAUGUUCCUGAGUAUUAACACAAUUUUGUUGGAUCAUAUUUGAGCAACUCCUUUGAGGCAUGUGAACUGAGGCUUUGUUUAUCCACUCAGAUGUAGUUCUGUCAUUUUGGUUUUCUUUACUUGAGGUAGAGAUACUGCUCUCAAUUUCAUGUGCGCUAAUUGUUGAGGGCCUUUGUAGGAAGAUGGCUGUACCAGCCCAGUACUUCCAGGCAUCUGCAGAUCAUGUACCCAGGUCUUUAGACCCACGCUGUAUGGAUCCUGAAAACUCUGCUAGAGAACUUUAGAAGCCAAGCAAGCAUAGUCAAGGAAAUGCUUAUUAUUAAUUAAUCAAUUAAUUAAUUAAUUUAAGUUUAUAUUUCAUCCAAAGAUCUCAGGGUGCUCACAAGAUACAGAUAAACACUUUGUUCAUUUUUUUCUUAGGUUGAGUGACCCAGGAAGGUGGGAUGAAAGAAGUCUGUCUCAGAGGUCAAGGUCAUGGUCACAUAAUGGUUAUUCUGACCUAAGUAGUGCUAAAUACGGUCGCCACCACAAGAAACACCGGAAAGAGAAAAAGGCAAAGCACAAAAAGAAGGCCAAAAAGCAAAAACACUUAAAGAAGCAGAAGCAAAUUAAAAAGAAGAGGUUAUCUACUUCAACAGAGAAAGAAUCUUCCCGUUCUUCUGCUAGAAGGACAAAAUCGCCUUGUGAUCGGGAGAGGGUGUCCCGCUCUUCCUCACUUUCUUCUAGAGAUGACUCCUCCAGAAGGGACUGGUCUAAAUCUGAUAGAGAUAAGCAGAGCUCAUUGUCCCCGUCAAGCAGGGACUCCCGGUCAUACUACAGGUCUAGAACCAGGUCCAGAACCAGAUCCAGAUCUUAUUCCAGAAGAAGUUCUAGGUCAAGAAUGGCUUUUAAGUCUUCUCAGUCUAGGAGCAGAUCAAGAUCUAGGUCCAGUUCCAAGCAUCUGAAGAUGGGGUCCAGUUCACCAAAAAAUGUCGCAGCUCGUUUAAAUGAAUUGAAGCCUGUUGCUGUCGAACCUGUCAUGGCAGCAUUGCCACAAAAUGACAAAGUUGUGAUACAGCCCGUUGUUGCCGAAAGCAUUCCAGUCAUAUCGCUUAGUGACAGUCCUCCGCCUUCUAGAUGGAAACCUGGGCAAAAGCCUUGGAAACCAUCCUAUGAGCGAAUUCAGGAAAUGAAAGCAAAGACCACUCACUUGAUGCCUACUCAGACUACCUACAGUUUAGCAAGUGUCAAAGAUGCAAGCACAUCCUCUUCAUACCGGAAGCGGCGAAAAAGUUCAGAUAGUGACCGCAGUAAUUAUUCAAAAAAUCACAGUGAUAGAAGUUCAGAGAGUUGGCGAAGGUCGAGGAGUAGGACAUCUCGAAGUAGAUCCUACUCCAAGUCUUACUCCAGAUCAAGAAGUCCAUCCAGCUCAAGAUCUCGGUCAACUGUUAGAUCCCAUUCAGUGCAUAAAUUCCCCAGUGACCGGUCGUGCUACAGUGGGUCGUCAUCUUAUUUUUCUCUAAGUGAGGAUGAACGACAGAAAAGCAAAACAAAAGAAAGUGGGCACUUGUCAAAGAAGAGACAAAGCAGUUCUGAAAGUACUCUUCUGUAUGCAAAAGAUGCGGCUUCUCAGAAGCACAGGGAGAGUGUGAGUAGAUCCUCUCUGGACUUCUCCACGGAUAGUGAGCAGGUGACAAAACCACAGCCAGUGCAGGAAAAAGGGCCAUUGCAGCAAGAAAAAGCAAGCCGGAAGCGAAAGAAAAGCAGCUCUGCUUGCGAUGGGAAUGAAGAAAAGCCCGGGUCUGAGUGGGGCAGUGACCAUUCAAAAAAACGACUUUUGGGGGAGAAACUGAGCUCCCCAAGAAGCGGUCGAAAAGCAAAAAGGAAAACGCGUGCCGAUAGUAAGUGGGACUCUGAAUCAAAUUCAGAAAGAGGCGGAAACAGGAACUCUAAGGAAGAUUCAAGAUUGUCUUCUAGCAAGGAAGAAGGUGAAGCCACAUCAGACUCUGACACAGAUCUCAGCCUCGCCAAGUGCAAGACAAAGUUGGAUUCCUCCUCAGGUACACUCAAGACAAGCAAGCAGUUCUCCCCUUCUGAGACGGAGAGCUCCCAUUCCUAUUCAGGGGCCAGGGGGAAAUCCAGAAAGCAAAAACGUGGCUCCAAAAAGAACCUCAAAAAGACACAUUCCAAAAAAGCGAAGGAGAAAUCCAAGGGUAAAAAAGAAAAGAAGCAUAAGGCCCAAAAACGAAAGGAAACAUUUCACUGGCAGCCGCCUCUGGAGUUUGGAGAAGAGGAGGAGGAGGAAGAGGACAUCGCUGUAAAGCCACGCACCAAGGAUGAGAGAGAGAAGCCAGUCGUGACAAAAACAGAUAAAAAGCAGGAUCAAGAUUCUGAAAACGAUAAAAUGCUCCAAGACCAAACAGAGAAUGACAAAAAGCUCAGUGAAGAGAAUAAAACUGGAGGCCAGACAUCACCUGCUGUUAAGAACAUUUGUAAAGUUAAUGGGGAAGAGGCAACAUCAGCACAUGCUCUAAAUUCAGAAAAAAAUACGGAAAUUUCAGAAAGCACUGGUGCUGCCAAAGUAAAUAAUGAAAAUGAGGUGGAUGUUACCCAGAUGGAUGACAUGGAGAUUUGUACUCCCGAGCAUAAUUCGCCCAUGAAGGUUGAUGUGGAACUUUCUCCAGUAAGUCUGAAGGUGAACCUGCAGGACAUUAAAGUUAGUAAGAGCACAGAUGUGCCAAGCAGCUCUGAAGCAGAGAGUGCAAAACCAGGACUUGAUGCUAGAGAAUUGACUGGUAGCAAAGAAGGCAGCACACAGAUAGAGAAACAAAGACCUAAGCCUGUCACAACCAUUGCUGCUGUGGAAAGUGUGCUGAAGACUGAGCUGGUGGAAAACCCUCAGAGCAGCAUAGCUGAUAAUAAAUGGAAACCGUUACAGGGAGUAGGGAACCUGCAGCCUGCAGCUCCGGCAGCUGCUAGUAAUCCUUCCGAAGCCAAAAGCGUGGCCUCGUCGUCUGAGUCAAAGCCACAAGGUUUAAGAAUAGAAAUUAAAAGCAAAAACAAAAUUAGACCAGGCUCUCUGUUUGAUGAAGUUAGGAAGACUGCCCGGCUGAAUCGGAGACCGAGGAACCACGAGAGCUCUAGCGAGGAGGAUUCUCCCACACGGGAAAACAGCCAGUCAAGGAGCCAUAGCCGGUCACGAAGCAAGUCGGACCCCAAAUCCAGGCACAGAGCAAGAUCCCAUUCCUACAGUCACUCCAGAAGUCGAUCAGGAAGUUCCACCUCUUCUUACAGGUAAGUAGAAUUACUUGCAUUUUACAAAUAGGCAUAGCUAUUUAUGGACAGUCAUUGGGAUGCACAUAUGCCCGUUCCAUCCCUGUUCCUCCCCCUUACAGUGUCAAAAAUGGCAUGCAUGUCAGUAGUGCGUGCCUUAAGUGCACGCAAACGCUCAGUUGCCUGUAUUUCUUUCAUGAAAUGAUGGCAAAGAAUAAAACAUAACAAUUGGUAAAGGUAAAGGGACCCCUGACCAUUAGGUCCAGUCGUGGCCGACUCUGGGGUUGCAGCGCUCAUCUCGCUUUAUUGGCCGAGGGAACCGGCGUACAGCUUCCGGGUCAUGUGGCCAGCAUGACUAAGCUGCUUCUGGUGAACCAGAACAGUGCACGGAAACGCCAUUUACCUUCCCGCCGGAGCGGUACCUAUUUAUCUACUUGCACUUUGACGAGCUUUCGAACUGCUAGGUUGGCAGGAGCAGGGACCGAACAACGGGAGCUUACCCCGUCGCGGGGAUUCAAACCGCCGACCUUCUGAUUAGCAAGUCCUAGGCUCCGGUUUAACCCACAGUGCCACCCGCGUCCCAACAAUUGUUAAUAAAAACAAUUAAAUUGUUCAGAAAACUAGAACCUGCAAUAAACCGAAACCAUAUCAGCAUUGUAGGCAUCUACGUUGUUGUUGUUUAGUCGUCUUAGUCAUGUUCGACUCUCCGUAACCCCAUGAACCAGAGCACGCUUUGGAAACUCACUUUCUUCUCAAAGCUUCUCCUUUUUUAUGUCCAUGGAGUUUUCUUGGCAAAAUACUGGAGUGGAUUGCCAGUUCCUUCUCCAGGUGGAUCACAUUUAAUCUAAACUCUCCGCUGUGACCUGCCUGUCUUGGGUGGCCCUGCACGGCAUAGCUCAUAGCUUCUCUGAGUUAUUCAAGCCCCUUCGCCACGACAAGGCAGUGAUCCAUGAAGGGGAGGUAUCUGCGUAGGCUUGUGCAAACAAAUAUGUUUUUAGCAUGUGUCGAAAAGAGUGCAGUGAAGGCUCCUUCCUGAUACCCGUAGGCUAUUUCAGUGUUCGUUCUCAAUGGGGCUAGCAUAUUGGUUGUGUGCUCUGAAAACCAUAAAACGAACCCCUGUGAUUAGCUGGGCCUUACUUUGCACAGCUUUUAAGUACAUGCACUUGAAAUCUCUAGGUCACGGAGUUACACACGAAGCCGGAGCAGAGGAUGGUACAGCAGAGGCCACUCAAGAAGUCGAAGUAGUUCUUACGACAGUUGCAGGAGCCACAGGUUAGUACCAGCAAAAGGGAAGGGGAAGUGCUGGAGAGAAGAGAAUAAAUUCCUGUAAAAAUCUGCUUGAAGCCUCGUUUGGUUUCUUACCAGAGGCACUCUGUAGAUUUAGUAUGGUUUAAAAAUAAACACAUAUUUUGUCACUUGGGGAAAUAGUUAUAACUGGCUUUAAUGCAAAAUAAGCAAGCACAAUACCGGGAAACUUUCUUACAGUUUAAAAAUGUCAUGUCAUUCUUUUCUUGUUUAAUAGUCGCACUUAUAGUAGAAGUCGGUCCAGAAGCAGCUCUUACGAUCACCACAGUCGAUCAAGGUAUGCUAAGAGAUCAUUUUUUAAAUAUGACUCCAGUAUAUAAUGGGUUAGUAACAGCAAAUUUAAAUGAUGCAUUGAUAAUAAGGUGCUGUGGCUUACUUUUCUAAACAGGCUUUUUUCACUUCAAAAUUGAAAGAGAAUAAUGGAAAACAUAGCUACAUUGAAUGGGUGCCUUUUAUAGAUUUUUUUUUCAUUUGAGUUUAGUUUUUAAUUCUCUAGCAUAUUGUAUUUAAUCCAGAUAUAUUUUCUGUGAAUAAGAAAGCUUUGAUGCCUCUAAGUUUAUUGAGGGAGAUUCAGUGUUAAACAAAGUAAGUCAUUGCUUGGUUUUUCACCCAUAAAAGCAGGUCCUAUACCUAUGACAGUUACUACAGCAGGAGCCGUAGCCGAAGUAGAAGCAAAAGGAGUGACAGUUACCACAGAUCUCGCAGUUAUGACAGACGGUCCAGGUAUGUGGUUUUUGGCAGCUAGACUGAGGAACUUACUAUAGACAAAUGCAAAUGACAUUUGCCUCUCACCUUCUCUGUUCAAACUACUUGUGUCCCUAGGAGUAAUGUGAAUCGUUUACGAAUCUUGUGCCGUUGCCAAAAUUCCACAAAAAUAGGAGCGACCCAAGGGCUCCAAACAUAAUUAUUAUAUAAAACAAAACAAUAUAAAUCAGAGUACAGUAAAAUAUUAAAAGUCCAAAACCAUUAAUAGUAGAACAGUAGAGCAAAAGUAAAGUACCAAGGCAACAUAGCUACCCAAUACCAAAAGCCUGGUAGUGCCACAAGUUGUGUGUCACUGCAGAAAAGUUCUGUGUCCCAUGCAAGCUUCGGCUACAUGUGUGACAACAGCGGAACACAAAGCAAGAUCAUUUCUAAUUACCUUAACAGGCGAGCUGUUUCCUAUUAGAAGAGGUGUUCCUUGUCACCUGAACUCAAGUCAUUUAGGGCUUUGACAGUAAUAAGCGCCUCAGACUGUACCCAAAAACUAGUAAUGUGAUCACAUGUUCCACUGUGAAGCUAGUGUGAUCACAUAUUCCAGUGACAACAGUUUGAAGUGUCCAAACACUUCACACUUCAGAAUGCCUCACCUAGUAGAGUGUAUUACAAGUAAGCCACUCUGCAUCUAACCAAGGCUUGUGGAGCAGUGGCCAUAUCUACUUUCUCCAGAAACCAUAGUGGUGGAAGGGUCCUUCUAGCUACAACUACCACGUUGCACCCCAGGGGAUCCCAGGCUACACACGUGAUCAAAAUAGCCAAAACAGAUCAACUCUCCUAUUGAACAAAGACACGUCUGUCUUGUCUCAAUUAGAUUUCAGUUUGUUAGCUCACAUCUAAUCCAUAACUGAUUCAGAACUUACUCUGCCUCACUGGACUCAUAGAAGAACAAAGAACUAGGUUAUUACAUUUGAUUUUUAUUGGUAGCUAGUACACACAGCAAAAUAGGUUACCUUUGGUGACAGCUGUUGAACUUGAGAGGUGACACAAGCGUCUUCAUAUUCUGUCUAAAUGUUUCUGAGAACACCUGAUCACUGCUUUUUAUUCCCGGUAGUGGUCCUGAUGUGUAGUUUUCCAUUAACAACCUUGAGAAGUGUUAGAUCUCAUUAUGGUGCCAACGCAUCAGCUUUCCACCACGUUGCCUGAAAAGGUGUAAUUGCCCUAUGUUUGGGUGUUGAAGAAAAUCAAUAUUUUAAAAAUUGUCCCUUCUUACUCUCUUACGCCAGGCUUUUUGUUCUGUUACCUCUUUUUUACGAUGCUUUGAAUCAAAGUAGGUGUUGGCUGUGUACCAAGUUAGGUGGUAGGUUCAAAACUGGCCAAAGACAACCUGGGUGGGGAGAGUCCUGAAAUAUACCUCUAAUUAGAGUAGUUGAACUUCCAUCCAUUUGAGAGUUUGAGAAAAUCCAUGCUUGAAAUAAGCAAGCUUUUGUGGGGGGAAAGCAUAUUUAACAUAAUGAAAUGUAUUUCAUUUCCUUGCCAUGCCACUCUGCUCGCAGUGGGGACUGCUGCAGAAUUUUGUACUUGAAAAUGUUACACUUCAGCAGUGUAGACCUUCACUUGUGUCUUGGCUUUUUUUCUCUAGAUCCUACGGCUCAGACAGUGAAAGUGACCGCAGUUAUUCUAACAACCGAAGCCCCAGUGAAAGCAGCAGAUACAGCUGAAAGCCAUAACCAUUGGAAAUACGGAUUGUGUUUAACAGGGGUUUCCCCCCAUCAGUACUGUCCAGACCCCUUUUUCUCAGUAUUCCCAAGUAAAACUGACAGAUGCCUAGUGAGGUGAGGCCUUACAACUUCUGAGCACAACUUUUUCAUAUGCUGUCUUCUGAAUCCUGGAGUUACAUUUAUCAAUCAUGAGAGAUUUGGAUCUGCAGAUAUCCUUAUGUGUUGAGAGAGGCCUGAUGUGUCAGAAUUACCUCUUGGGACUAACAAAUGGCUUCUAGCCUUUUCUCAAAAAUACGCUGGCAGCCAUGAGACUGUGAAGGAGAAGGAGGAGAAUACUGUUCUGAGACUACCUUCUUUAUAGUUACCUAAAAAGCUUGUAUUAUUUCAGUGGUGACCUGGUAUAAGCCUUUACACGAGUGGAGGUAGAUAAAAAGAUUUAAGGCAGGUAUUUCUGUCUUUCUGCAGUACAAUAUGUAAUACUUAGGUUCAGGUGCAAAGCUUCGCAUCUCUUUCUUGGAAAAAGUUAAAAAAUGUAUAAAGGUGUAUGUUAAGCCUCAAAAGAUGGUAGUCUAGAGUUCUAUUUCAAUUCUGUAUCCAUGCUAUAAGAAUGUAGGAAUAAUGUUGCACCCUGGAUUUGUAAAAGCUGACCUAAAAAGCCUUUGACAUUCUUAGUCAUGUCUUUGAACACUGGGAAUAGUUUCAGUGGGCACUUUCUGACCACCCACCCUUCAGUGAAUGAGACUUGUACAAGAUAAUUUGGUGUUUGAUUUUUCCCACUGGCUUCAGAAUACCACCAGGUAUUUAUACUGUUAAGAUUUUAUACUGUAGCAAAGGAAGACAUGGGAGCUCAUUUUCAGUGUUCAGCACCAAAAAGAGUCUCAAAAGUGACAGCAAACUGUUUGUAAACACUCAUUUUCAAUUCAAAAGCACUGUAUUUCUUCCAGUGCUUUGAUUCAGCAGUUAAAGAAUUGUUUGUAAAUGAACAUUUCAGUGUAAACAAAUUUUCAUAUGAAAUUGCGAUGUUUUCUAACAGCAGAACUAGCCCUUCUGAUAACUGGGUGUGACAGCAGAGGGGAAAAUGCUGUCUGUAACUGUAGUCGUGAUACUGAAUUUAACUUUCUAUUAUUUUGAAAUGCUGUAAAUUUCUUAAAUGUUAUCAAAUCCGGAUUUUUUUUUUUUGUCAAGAGCUAACAGCUGUACAUUUGAAAAUGUGAUUCUCCCCCCCCCCCCCAUUGCAAUUAAAAAUAUAAACCAUUUAAGUA